AUGAGUUGAAAUUCCUUACGGACGUGCGUAUUCCUCGUUGCUAUUUUCAGUCGACUCCUAUAGACAUACAAAUUCAUGGUUUCAGCGAUGCCUCAGAACGUGCGUAUGCGGCUGUUCUGUACUUACGUUCAGCCUACGAAGAUGGUCGCAUUUUAGUUCGCCUAGUAGCCUCAAAGUCUAGAGUAUCACCGAUAAAGAAACAAACAAUUCCACGACUGGAAUUGCUAGGGACUGUUCUUCUUGCAAGACUCGUGAACAAGUUUACUUCAACAAUUAAAACGAUCAGACAAUUAGAAACAAUCAAUUGAACUGAUUCCACAACUGCCCUCUGUUGGAUACAAAACGAAAGAAUAUGGAAACCGUAUGUACAACAUCGCGUUGACGAGAUCCGAAGUUUUACCCUCAAAGAUUCGUGGAGACAUUGCCCAGGUGAACUUAAUCCCGCCGAUAUACCCUCUCGUGGCCUGAAUGCAAAGAAACUUUCUGACAAUUCGAUGUGGUGGAAUGGUCCAUCGUUUUUACUCCGACCAGAGGCUGAAUGGCCUAAGCCUCGACCCGUACAAGAAGAGAACGAACAGGUUCUACAAGAAGCAAAAAAGAAUGCACCAGAAAUCACUCACUCGAUGGCCAAUACUUCAUCUGACAACACUGUUGCAAACGUGGAGAUGAUAAUCGACAGCACUCGUUACAGCACAUUAACAAAAUUACUUCGUGUUACGGUGUUGGUGAUGAAAUUUAUUUCCAAGGUCAAGAAUCGUGUUCAGAGAGAAUUGACUGCCUCGGAAAUUAACGACGCGGAAAAUGCGUGGAUCAAAUCAGUACAAGCUAAUCCGUUCGAAAACGAGAUUCGAUAUCUUGCGCGUAAGAAAACGAAGGAAGAGUGUCUGGCAUCGCCGAAAUAUGUCACGCAAUUUGGGUUAUAUGUAGAUCAACAGGGAAUCGUUCGUUGUGUCGGAAGAAUUGGCGAUAGCACCUUGUCAUCGAACUGUAUACAUCCGAUUUUACUUCCUUCCAGACACUAUUUUGUCGAACUGCUUAUCGAACACACUCACAAGCAUACUGUACUGCACAACGGUACACGAGAUACCCUCACUGCAUUAAGGGAACGUUUCUGGGUGAUUCGUGGACGUGAAUCGGUUAAGAAAGUUAUUCGAAAGUGCGUUACUUCUCUCAAGCAUGAAGGAAUUUCUUACGUACCACAACAACCAACUGAUUUCAUGAAACCCAGAAACGGCCCGAGUGCAUCAGUGUCCCUGAUUAUAGUUCAUUAAUCCCCUUGCGGAGAUCAGUUGCAAUUCCACGCUUCCCCAAGAUUUGGUUUAGUAAUCAUUUAGGUUCAAUAAAUUAGACGAGGUCUCAGCAUCAAUUUUCACCGAAUUAUACGAUGUUGUCGUAAUUACUGAAACAUGGUUAAAUUCACGAGUAACUGAUGAACUUAUUCGUAUACCUGGCUAUGUAUCGUGCCGAAGGAAUAGACCGAAUAAUCAACGCGGGGGCGGUCUUUGUACCUAUUCCAAUUCUCAACUUAAUUUUACUGAAUUAACUGACCGGAGUGAGCCAGAAAUUGAGAGUCAAUGGUUUCUAAUCAGAAUGGAACGUUUACCACGAGGAAUCAACUCUAUUUUAUUGGGAACAGUUUACCAUCCUCCUCAGAGUGAUGACCAUGUUCUUCGAAUGCAUAUCUUCAAAUGUUUGCAUUCUUUACUUGCCACCUUCCCUAAUUCUGCCAUCUUGGUCCUUGGUGAUUUCAAUCAAUUUAAACCGGGUAAUCUCUGCAACUCUUUUAGAUUGAAGAAACUGGUUACCAAGCCCACCAGGGAAAGUAAUAUCCUUGACCAAGCUUUUUCAACUCUGUCACCUUACUACGAUGCCAUCAUCUUGCCUCCUAUUGGUCAAUCCGAUCAUUCCAGUAUCUUACUACAACCUAUUUUGACACAUGCUCCAAGUAUACCAACCACACGAUUGCAAAAGCGUGAUUAUCGAGCUCCUAACAAACAAAAUUUGAUCUCUCGUCUGAAUACUGUUAACUGGACGCCACUCAUGCGGCUGAAUUCAUGCGAGGAACAACUGGAUUCUUUCCAGUCGGUAGUUCACGUUACUUUGAAUUCCUGUAUCCCCAUGCGUACUGUGAAACAUCAUCCUAACGACAAACCAUGGAUUACUCCUGUUAUUAAAGAUUCUAUUAAGAAACGCCAACAAGCUUGGUUGAAUAAUGACUUACACCAAUAGGACGAGGACUUCCUGCCACUCUAACCUCAGAUAACGCAAAGACUUUCAAGUCGGCAUGCAAGGAAUUGCUCAAAAUCGUUAGAUCCGAAGAUGUGAACUAACCUUACCUUCAUAACAAUCGUAUCACUUGGAAUUUUAUUGUUGAGAGAGCCCCUUGGUGGGGCGGUUUUUGGGAGAGGUUGGUUCGAAGUGUCAAGCGACCUCUCAAGAAAAUAUUAGGACGUUCGACAUUAAGUUUUGAAGAACUCCGCACGAUUUUAGUCGAAAUAGAGAUGGUGAUCAAUUCAAGACCCAUUACCUACGUUUACGAUGAUGUCGAUUCAAUAUCGUAUCCUUUAACGGCAUCAAAUCCGAUAUAUGGUAGACGUAUUAGCUCAACGCCAAACAGCGCCCAACACGAAAUCAUCAGUACUUAUAGAUCUCUGGCGAGAAGAGCUCGCCAUCAGCGAAAUGUAUUAAUACAACUAACAGAACAGUGGAAGAGGGAGUACCUUACGAGUCUAAGGGAACAAUCAACACUGAAACAGAAAAAUAAUACUCGUGAAAUAUCAAUUGGAGAUAUUGUGUUAUUGAAGAAAGAAUCGACUGCCAGAUGUAUGUGGAAACUUGCUAAGGUAGUGGAACUGCUUCCGGGGUCAGAUGGAAAGGUUCGUGCAGCAAUAGUUAAGGUGGCGAACAGUGAUAAACGACCAAUUUACCUCCGAAGAGUUGUGCAACAUCUUAUCCCAAUCGAGGUGAAGGCUAAUAACGACCAAGAAACACAACAACAUCCUGUUGCUAAUCCUUCAUCUCCCGUUGUUGCUGACAAUGAAUUAAGACCCAGACGUAAUGCUGCAAUUAUUGGAGAGAUUGCUCGAAGAGAAAGGGACACAUAAACUGUAAUUUGCUUGUUGUUUUGUGAAAGUUUAUUACUAGAGCUAAUAAACUUUGGGGAGU